UCUAGCGUAAACGCGUCAUUCACGGUUCAAGUAUAAUACACCCGUUCUUGCGAGGAGCGGAGUCAGUCUUGGGCAAGAUGGCCGGUCGGUCGAGUAUGGCCCUCUAUUAUUACUUCGCGUUAAUCCUCCAUCUGGUUCUACUAACGGAGUGCGAUUACGAUGUGCGAUACGGUGACGCGGCGAAGCGGUUGCACGUUGCGGAGCAUAACGAUCAGCAAUACAAGAAGACGUUCGUUAUUGACAAAGGGAGCGCGGAUCUACGCGACCAGGAUGACAGCGAUCGGGAAAUGUCAUUUGAACGUACGCGUCGAGACGUACCAUUGCCGCAGCAUCCAAAUAAUAGUCCAAACAUCACGGCAAAGGUUAAUCCUUUAAAUGAUUCGCAUCAACAAUUGAUGGUACAUUGGGUUGGGGAGGGUUCGAAUGUAAUAAUAUGUCUAGCGAGGGAUAGCUCGCCCGUGGUACGCUUCCAAGGAGGCAAGUUCUCUUCCCCGAAUCAACCUAGCGCUGUGUACAUCAGUUACGAUUAUGGUGAUAGCUUUGAGAAUAAGACUGAACACUUCAAGGUUUCGUCUGAGGCCGAUGCCCCAUAUGCUGUUGUAGACAAAUUCACCAAUCAUCCUAAGUACUAUCAACACUGCGUCUUUAUGGACAGUCUGAAUAGUUUAAUUUUCAUCACAUAUAAUAAUGGUCAAACAAUUUUGAGGAUCUCGUUGUCAUUUCAUCCAAAUGAAGUCUCGUAUUUCGAAUUAGAUCCACGGAUACUUGUCGCACUAGACAAAACCGAUACAUCGCGGAAGUUGUGGUUGACAAUCGAUCGUGGAUUCACCUGGAUGCCAAUUCAUCAAUUCGUAAAGGCUUUCUUUUGGUCUCCUUAUCGUGAAUUAUUAAUUGAACGCAUGGAGCCUGAUGGAGCGAAUACGGUUUUGAAACUAGAUCUGCGAAAUAUAUCCUCAUUUAUAAGAGGAAAUAAUCAAUUGCGAGCAAGAAUGUCUAUACGAAAGGAAUUUAUCGUUGUCGUUGAAAAUGUUGAAGAUUUUCAGAUCAGAGGCGAUUUCAUGUUCGCUGUUAAGAAAAGGAAUGGAACGGAACAUCUGGAUCUCUUUGUCUCUUAUAAGAAUCAGACAUUUGUCCAAGCGCAUUUUAACACGGAAUUGGAUUGCAAGGAAUAUCAUAUUGUAGAUGUAUCGUUUAAUCGAGUCUUUAUCGCUGUGAAGCACGGCGACACUAUGAUCAAUCUUUACGUGUCCGAAGUUAUAGAUCAUGAGAAAGCUAUAUUUACAUUGUCUUUGGAGAGUAUCCUCACGUUUUUCCCCAACAGUACUUGGAAGGACAGCUGGUUGAAUGAUGUGGCUGAUGAAACAUUUACGGAUCUCUAUAAGGUCGAAGGUCUUCGAGGUAUAUACAUAGCAUCGCGGGUCAAAGGUACUCCAAAAUCAAGCUCUAUCGGACCAGAACACUUGGAAUCAUUAAUUACUUUCGAUCAUGGCACCACUUGGAACAGUCUUAAGGCACCAAUGGCGAAUCAUGAAGGCUUCUACAUUCACUGUGGAAAAGACUGUUCGUUACAUUUGAGUCAGAGAUUCAGUCAAUUGUAUCCAGUGACGAGAUCCGCUACUAUUAUGAGCUCGAAAUCGGCGCCUGGGAUAAUAAUGGCGACUGGCGUCAUUGGGUCUAACUUGAAGGGUCAUCCGGCACUCUAUGUAUCUAGAGAUGCUGGUCUCAAGUGGAAACAAGUGUUAAAAGAUUAUUACUUCUUUAACAUGGGCGAUCACGGAGGUUUAUUGGUGGCAGUUAAGUAUUUUAAAUCUCGCGGGGAGACUAGAGAUAUCUCAUAUUCGACGGAUGAGGGCGAGACAUGGCAGACGUACGAAUUCAACGAAAAGAUGUUGCGUGUUUACGGUCUCAUGACGGAACCUGGAGAAAAUACCACGGUAUUCACCAUGUUCGGAUCGGACAGUGGACAACAUCAGUGGCUUAUCAUCAAGAUUGAUCUACGACAUGUAUUUGAAAGAGAAUGCACAGAAGACGAUUACAAAUUUUGGUCUCCAACGAGCACCGAACAACCGGUCAUGGCUUGUGUGUUAGGACGUAAGGAAACGUAUCAGAGACGUGCCUUGCGCUCCAAUUGUUAUCAAGGCGUAAACUACGAUCGACCAGUGAGAUUGGAGACCUGUCAAUGCGACGCGAACGAUUAUCAGUGCGCUUACGGUUUCAUACCUAGUGGGAAUCCAUAUCACUGCGUCCACAACAAAACCAUGCCCGAUUAUGAUCCAUACGCCGUGCCGACUCCGUGUCAACCCGGUAUGUUUUAUAAUCGCACGAAAGGCUAUAUAAAGAUAUCUGAUGAUGAUUGUACUGGCGGCCUUGCGAAAAACUAUGAACCUGAUGAGAUUCCAUGUCCGAUGGAUGAAAGACCAGACUUCUUAUUGGUCGCCCAACGAGAACACAUUACACGAAUUGAUUUGAUGGACAACAACAAAUUGGAGAAGUUACCUGUGCAUGAUUUAAAAAAUGUUAUUGCAAUCGAAUUCGAUAUGAGAAACAAUUGUUUAUAUUGGGCGGAUAUCGUAAACGAUACGAUCGGUAGACAGUGUCUGAAUGGAAUUAGCUAUCCUGAGAUUCUUGUUGAGACCGAUCUGAGUUCCAUCGAGGGAAUGGCUUUUGACUGGGUGUCCAAUGUGUUAUAUUUUGUGGACGGUGUUAAGAUGAGAAUACAGAUCAUCCGAACAGAUGUUGGCCCUUCUGUAGGCAGAAUGCGCAGGACAAUAUUGGGACCGAAUAAUCUGCAGAAGCCACGAGGUAUUGCAGUUCACCCUCUGCGUGGCUAUAUGUUUUGGACCGAUUGGGCACCAGGCAACGCUUCAGUAUCUCGAGCUAACUUGGAUGGCACAGAUGUUAAACGAUUAUUUCUUAAGCCUACUGUCGAAUGGCCGAAUGGAAUAACGAUUGAUCACAUCGCUGAACGUAUCUAUUGGGUAGACGCUCGAGCGGAUUACAUAGCUUCCUCGGAUCUUGAGGGUAAAAGAUUUAAGAAAAUCAUUGCUAAUGAAGCGCGUGUCUCACAUCCGUUCGCGGUUGCCGUGUUCAAAGACAAUUUGUACUGGGACGACUGGAAACAAUCAAUGAUAUUUGUCGCUGAUAAAGAUCACGGAGUCGGAAUCAGCACGAUACUCGGCUUUCAGAUCGCAGGUCUGAUGGAUUUGAAGAUCUUUGCGCAUAGCGUGCAAGUUGGCACGAAUGAAUGCGCGAAAAACAACACAUGUUCACACAUCUGUCUGGGCGCACCUUCUAAUAGUUACGUUUGUCUCUGCCCGGAUGGCAUGGUGAUGACAGAAGGUACGUGUUUAUGCCCAGGGGGUAUCAAGCCAUACUCCAACUCGACAUGCCCGCGCGUUGCUAGCACCUGCUCAUCUAACCAGUUUGCUUGCAACAACAAUGUAUGCAUCCCCGAAUUCUGGAAGUGCGACGGUGAUAACGACUGCGGCGACAAUUCAGACGAGAUUCAAUGCAACCGUGCCACAUGUAGCCCGAAUAAUUUUGAAUGCGAUGAUAACAAAUGUAUUCCUAAAUACUGGGUGUGCGACCUGGAUCGUGACUGUAAGGACGGCAAGGACGAGAUGAAUUGUACGUACAGCAAUUGCACCGAAACGCAGUUUAGGUGUCUCAACGGCCGUUGUAUAUCACAUCGUUGGCGUUGUGACGGUGAGGAUGACUGCCGAGAUAGUUCAGACGAACAGAACUGUACCAAGAACAUUCAGCCGAACACAUGCCGGGCCGAUGAGAUCGUCUGCAAAACAGAUCAUUCGUGCAUACCAACAUCUUGGAAAUGUGACGGCGAACCAGAUUGCGAGGACGGUGCCGACGAGAAGGAUUGUAGUAAUAUGGUAUGCGAGUCAUGGCAAUUUACAUGCAACAACACCAAAGAAAAUGGACAUCGGUGUAUAUAUAAAUCAUGGGCAUGCGACGGUGACAAGGACUGUAUCGAUGGUUCGGACGAGGUGAAUUGUACCACCACUACUACGCUACCAACGUCGGUAAUCCCAAUACUACCGACAAAUUCUUGUAAUGACUGGAUGUUUAUGUGCAAUAACAAGAAAUGCGUGCCUUAUUGGUGGAAAUGCGACAGUGUAGACGAUUGCGGCGACGAUUCCGACGAGAUAGGCUGCGGCAGCAGUGCGGAUGGUGCAUUGGAACCUACGUCUCCGGUUCACACGACGCAACAGUCACGCAUCUGUCGCGAGCACCAGUUCCAGUGUUAUAACGGUGAGUGUAUUGAAAACGCGUGGGUGUGCGAUGGCUUGAAGGACUGUCCAUCCGGCGAGGAUGAGCAACAUUGUGACCGUGGACACACGUCGUGUCGAGAGAACGAUCAAUUUAUGUGCCGUCAAGACGGUUCAUGCGUAUCGCUCUCGAGCAUGUGCAACGGUGUCGAGGAAUGCCCGGACGGUAGCGACGAGCUCGGUUGUCACACGAGUGAAUUACCUGCCACGCCAUCCUGCUAUGCCGGUCUUUUCCCAUGUGACGAUUCCCGCUGCUUCCCACUGGCAGCUUUAUGUGACGGUAAUCGCGAUUGUUUAGAUGGCUUCGAUGAGGAACAUUGCGAGAAGAAUAACUCGCGCAAAUAUCAAGUAUUAGUGAUGGGUGUUGAUGAACGUUCUAUCAAUAAUUCAAGUCUCUAUCUCUUUUGGUGGAUGCCAAUACCAUCGAACGUAACGUUUGAGUUCUUGCCAUCAAUUGCGCGGGCGAUACCAGGGGCUCCGUGGAAAAAUGCUACCGAGUGGAUCGAAGACACGGAGUAUCAAUUCAAUAAUCUCGAGCCUUUCACUAAAUAUAAUCUAACAGUUUAUGUGAAGGCGAAGGGCCAAUCUCUAUCUGAGGUAUCUCCACCGGCAAAGUAUUACAUGGUGAUGACUGGUGAAGGUGUACCAAGCGAGCCGUGGAAUGUAAAGGUCGCGCAGAAGAACGGUACUCGUGUAGAGGUGACUUGGAGACCACCCUUACAUCCUAAUGGUGUUAUCUCUGGAUAUCUGGGCUACGUUACACCGCCGAUACCACCAUUAGAGUUUACUCGAUUAAAAACCUCCGCAACCAUCGAUAUAGCAUUCGAGGCAGGCAAGAAUUAUUCCUUCUGGAUCGUGGCAAAGAACCGACACUAUAACUCAGUCUCAUCACAAGUUGUUAUGCUGACGUUCGAUGGCACAGCUAACAUCGAUGAUAUUGAGGAUCUCCGUGUAGUGGCCACGACGAAUCACUCUGUCACUUUGACAUGGAAAAAGAUGCAGGACGUGGACGGAUAUCACAUCACUCCCAGAGCACCACCGAAUUAUCCAAAUUUGCAAACCGUCACAACAAUGAAUAAUCUGAUGGAAGUCGACAAAUUGGCACCGGGUACUAAAUACACUUUUGAAGUCGGCGCGAUGAAAAAGAAUUACGUCGGUAAGGUCACCUCGGUGACAGCAACGACAAACGGCACUGCGUUGCCCACGAUAACUAAGUUUGACGCGCAGUUAGUAAAAUCCCAGAGAACAACCGUAAAACUUACUUGGGACCCCCCGAAGAGCACCAGGAAGAUCAAGUGGAAAUAUGCUAUUCACUAUGCUAUCAACAUGGAGGAUUUCUUUAAAUCUGCCAAAUUUAUCACUGCUAAUCUUACGGCUACGAUUAAGGAUCUGGAAGCGUGCGAAGCAUACUUUUUUGCCGUUGGCGUCACUGGAGAUUACGGAGCAGGACCUUUAAAUCAACCGCUUACAGUUAUGACACACUUCAGUAAGCGUGCACCUCCGAAGAGAUUGCGAGUAGCGCCAGUGCAAAAUAAAAAUGACAGCAUGAUCGUUUCGUGGAUGUCAAGUUGUCCAGCAGUCGACGAAAUGAUCAGUUACACGAUUUCCGUUACGGAAAUGAUUAUGAACAAGCACAUAGUUGUGACAUUGCCAGCAACUAACGAAACUGUUAUGAAGCACAUGUUCCAUUCUAUCAAGUAUGGUGGGACGUACAAUAUUACAGUAGCCACAGAUGUCGAAAAUGCCAUACCCACGCAACCAUACAUCUAUAUAGCGCCACCGAUCAAGCCGCCUCAUCAGCUCACUGUCUUACAUGAUAAUAUGGAAUACUUGAUUUACUGGCAAGAACCGGAUUUGCCGGAACACAUUCGAAAGGAUACUGAGCGGUAUUUUGAAAUUUUGGUAGCUGAAGGAUCGAGAACAAUAAAUGAAACAACUGCUAAAAUCUUGGUAGUUAAAGAUCCGCCGCCUUACCGCUACAAAGAUGCUAAAACAGAUACGAUUUACACCUUCGCGGCGCGUUUGGUCACGAACGAAGGAUACCAAAGUCCACUGAGUGAAACUUGGAGCACGCAGAUUUCAGGAUCGCAGCUUCCGGUGAUAAUGAAUACAUCGGGCAUAUUAUCCCUCGCUAUACCGAUCUGUUUGAUUGUUAUAGCGCUCGGUGCUGCGCUCGCGUAUUUCGUCGUUCGACAUAGGAGGCUAUCUCACAGCUUUACGCAAUUCGCCAAUAGCCAUUACGAUACGAGACGAGGACAAGCCACCUUCCCUGGUACGACAGAUGGCUUAGAAGAAGAAGAUAGUCCGGUAAUCCGAGGCUUUUCGGAUGACGAACCGCUCGUAAUUGCAUGAAUACCAUAUGUAUGUAUAAACAAAAUGUUUACAUACUAGGGAAGAUGUGCCAAGACACUAUUAAUAUGAUAAUUCUGAAUAAGUCAAAUUUUAUGACGAAAGGGAAAGCUUUUAUGAAAUUGUUUUAAGACUGAAUACUGAAUUGUGGUCAUACUUGUGCUAUAGUAAUUAAUGACUAUUAAUCGGUAAACAGGUUGCUUAGAGCGUUUACAUGAAAGUUUUUCGCAUCAUUCAUAUGGUACGUAGAAAUAUGGUAUAUAUGUACAUGAGUGAUGAGAGUAACUACCUGCCGUGCAGUUGGAGAGUCCAUUAUACAUCUCAAAUUCGACUGUAAACAAAUCAAGAGGAUUAUAGGAAAGUGUUUAUCGUCUAACGAAAGGAUAAACGCCAAAAUGAUGAAACGGCAACUUGUAUAUAGUAAAUAUUUUUUAUGGAUUGAUUGUGAGACUUUCGAGAUGACACGCAUUUACAUUUUUAAUAAUAUAUUUAUAUGACAUGUACGUAUAAAGAAACUUUUUUUUGGUCCGUAUUCAGAUUUGUUGAUAUGAAAGUAAGUAUCGGCAUUCGGAACGAACUUUUUAUUAAAAGUUGUUUAAAUAUCCAUACAGAGGCCAUAAGUUUUUUUCAAUAUAGCAAGUGCAUGACCAAAGUAACGUUUUCUUUUAAUGCCGCAUCUAAGAGAUAUAUUAGUGUCGUCUGUUCAUAGAGUAGAUUUCUAUGACGUUCCAUUCUCCAGCUUGAAUAAUCUUCGUCUUAAGUAACUUUUUAUAAUCAUCCGAAUUAAAAUUUUAUAUCAAACGUGAUGCGACAUUGAAAGAAGUUUUUAUAAGCAAGUCUCUCAACUUCGCAAAAGGGUGACUUGACUCUUGUAAAAAGUGUGUUGCAAUUGUGGUUUGAAUACAA